UUUGAUUUUAAUCGUUUUGAAUUUCCAUAUCAUUGAUUGAAAAUUUAAAAAAAUAAUAACAAACCAAGAAAAUGUUGAAUUUUAAUUCAAAUUUAAAAUUGCGUUUAACAUAAUUAAGAUAACUCGAUCUUCACAUUAAGCAUACCUAUGUAUAAUAACAGAGUUAUGCAUAAAUAUAAACAAGUUUCAAUUACAGAUUAAAUUCAAGCAAGGUUUUGAGCUUAGAAUAAAGUAAAUCAAUAAAUAUUUUGAAUAUCCAUCUUGACUUAAACUAUCAUUUUUGAUAAUUGAUAUUCUGGACCAGCUCUAGAGAUAAAAUGCAACAUUAAAGUGGCAUAACCCGAAUUCAAAUAGAUUCAUAUCAAGCAUUUAAGAUUUAUGAGAAAUCAAUUGAACGGUCAAAUUAUCUUGGAUUCUUAUAUGUUUAUAAUUAAAUCUUGCACCUUGAGUGGCUCGAUUCUGAGAUGAUUAAUAUACUUAAAUACUAAUAGAAACAUUCAUGAUUAAGAAAAUUAACACAAAUUCAUGAUUAAAAAUAUCUAUCAAUAGUUGCCGAGUAAAGUAUUUUAAAUUGUGGUUAUUGGAGUGGGCCGGCGCUGCCGACAUUUACUUGUUAUCUUAUCCAAAGCUGUGGUCUAUGUUUGCGCAUGGAUUACAGCAGCUCUGCUCUACUCUCUCACAAUUCCAUUCUUGGAGGGAAUAAAAACCUGAAGAUGAGUUCCCAUGGCUUUCGGACUCUGGGAAUUACAGCUUCAACCAAGCUGCCAUUAGCUUCUACCUCAGUAACAUCAUUGGUUUCCUUCCAGCCCUUUAAGCUAAACCAAAACUGCGGAAGAAGAGCUCUCUUUUCCUUCCUGGUAGCAACAGCAGUCGGACCUCAAGGCAUUGACUCAAUGAAUGCUCUGCUUCAAGAGUAUCGGAAGAGGUCAAUAGAGAAGAAGCCAGAGUAUGACAAACAGAGGUUGGAUGAUUACUACAAUCGUAACUACAAGGAGUACUUUGAGCUCAUCGAAGGUUUUUCAAAGGGUAAAAGUGAGGAUUUGCUCUCAGAAUCUGAGAAGGGGAUUCGAGAGUGGCUGCAGAGAAACAAAAAAUGAUUCUAAGCAGCAGCAAGUCUAGCAAAAUGGGUGUUGAAGAAGGCUGCAAACUUAGAACAUAGAAAAAUAAAUAAAUAAAUAAUGCCCCAUAUUAUAAACCCUCAGGUAAGCUAUGAAGCUUACCAAGAUAUAUAUAUGCAGUUGUACAUGUAUGAUCAAGCACAUUGCUUUUUGAAUAUAUAUUUUCUAUUUCUUCUUUUCAUUAAAAACAAUUAAGAAA